AGUAAGCACCUGGUUAAGUGUGAAGUGUGAGUGAAGGAGCAGUACAUAAAAAAACUUCUGAGGAUGGAUGAAGACUUCAACAGCAAAAAAAAAUCUCAAGAAAAGAAAAAGUCCACCAGUGGCAAAACAACUGAGUUGGAGCAGAAAUCAGUUGAAUGUCUUUCUACAACAACUGAAGGUCCACCAGCAGAUGUCUUGAAGGACAGACAAACAGGCCAAAAACAAAGUGUGAUGACUUCAAAAGAAGACUGCAGACCACGCCCAUUUGAUCGAGAAGUGAAUAAAUUAAAAUAUGUAAAGCACAGUGUCCUGCCACCCGAAUCAGGUGCUUCUAACCUGAUAUCUCCAUGUCAUGAGUUUAAGUCUCUUGCUUCAGCUGUUCAACGGGAUCCUAAAAUACUCAAGGCUAAGGUUGCCAAAGAGGUCCUUAAAUUUGCAAUAGGCUGUAUGAAUAACCGAACUAAUGGCACAAUACACUUUGGUGUGAUGGACAGCAAGGAGGAUGCAGGAUACAUGCAUGGUGAGAUCAUUGGUAUCCCUGUAAAAGAGAGAGACAUUUAUGUAGAUGCUUUGGACUACAUUGAAAGGUGUGUCCCCUUGAAUAAGGAACAUGUACGCCAGUGUGUGCGGCCACCAAGGUUCAUUGAGGUUACAGAUCGAGAAAGUACAGAAAAGAAGCAUGUGAUAGAGUUUGACAUUGUGCCUUCAAUAGGUAUUGUUAAGGGCAAGGUGUAUUCGGUUCAUCUGCCAAAAAUUGGAGAGUCAACCAACAAAGUAGAAUUUGAGAAAAAAAAGAUUCUGCAGAGACUGGGUUCAAAAACAGAGCCAGUGAACGACAAAGACAAAAAGUUUUUCAAGCAAGUCAACGGUUGGGAUGCCCAAAGAGAAGAAGCAGAGAAAGGUCAGCUCUUAAGCGCUCCAGACCUUGGAAGGACACUCAAAAUGCUAAUGACUGGUGGGAAGAAAGUCAUUGAAAAGGACAAAUGGUUCAUACUCGUCACAAACAAAUUCAAACCUGAUGACCUCUGCAACAUUGACUGGCUGCUUAAUAUGAAUUUAUUCUGUGUGUUUGACUUUGACCCAGACUCAAAGAUUUCAGGUCUUUGCAGUAAAUACCUUCAGCAUCACGCUGCAAACAUGCAUUCUCUGCAGAGCUACAGGAUAUCUGGUGACAAGAGCAUCAAAGAAUUCACAAGCAGCUUGCAUUUGUUUGACCAAACUAGCUGGAUCUUUUGUAAUGGCUGUGCUGACUUCAAAGGAAAUGAAACUCCAUGUGAUGAAAUGACUUGGAUUGAGACAAAAAUGACGUGCCUGCAGGAAUCUGUGUCUUUGAUCUGUAAACAAAUCUUACCAAAGGGGACGUUCCAGGUAAUUUUUCUUCUCACAUCACCAGUUGAGAAACCACUCUUGCACACUUUCAAGAAGUUUUUCACAGACAUGGAAGGCCAUGAAGACAUCAUCUGCAUCUGUGAAUCACAGAAAAACUUCCAAAAGUGGCAAAGCUUUGCAGAGGGGUCAUGUGGAACAGAAACUGAAAUGAACAAUUGCAGUGUUGUUGGGAUGAAAAUGAGUCACGUUAAUGCAACUCUGCAGCAAAUACAACCUGUAAAAGCACAUGCCAGCAAACACCUGUCAAUCUUUGUGAAAGGGACAUGUCUACUAGAAACACAGGCAGAGGAACAGAUGUAUUCUCUGGAGAUUCUUACAGUCUAUCAUUGCGAUGAAACAAGUGAAGAAUUCAUCAGAGAGAAAAAAGCAAACAUUGAAGAGCAGUUCUAUCGUGGUGGGAGAGUGACCUGGUUGAAUUUCUGGCUUGCUGAACAGAAGCAUUUGGGAGAGGUAAUUGAAAGAGAUGCUUAUCAUGAGGUUUCCAGUCUUCUCAAUGGUGCUUUGAAAUGCAAUGCAGAUCAAACUCCAGUAAAGAGUAUAAACAUCUACCAUCACCCAGGAAGUGGAGGAAGCACUGUUGCAAGACAAGUGCUGUGGAACAACAGGAAAGAUCUAAGGUGUGCAGUUGUCAAGCCUUCAUACUCAGCUUCUCUUGUUGCGCAACAUGUAAUUAAACUAAGAGAAUAUGAAGAAAAAGAUCCACAGAAAUGUCUUCCUGUGCUGCUCCUCAUUGAAGACUCAGACAAAGAAUAUCUAGAUGAUCUCAGGAAUAAACUGGAGGUUGCCAUUAACACUAGAAUAAUUCAGUUUGUAACUCCGUGUUUUAUUUUGUUGAGCUGCAGAAGAUCCCUUGAUCCAGAGAAGAAAUGCAAGGAGUCUCCACUACAGAAUGUGUCUGUCACUCAUGAGCUGUCUGUUCAAGAGAAAAGAAAAUUUGCUGGAAAAGGAGAGGCACUUGAAGAACAAUAUAAGCCUGAAUUCAUCCUUACCCUUGUGUUGAUGAGUGAAGGAUUCAAUGAGAGAUAUGUUCAACAGUUUGUGGAACAUUUGCUCCAAGACAUUGACCAUCACUCUGAUGUCACUCGCCUCAUUCUCUAUGUAGCACUGUUGAACACUUAUGUUCAAGACUCUUUCAUCCCUCUGUCCCAUUGUGAAGCUUUGCUUGCCCUAACUGUUCACUCUGAAAGGUUUCGCCAGCAUGAGUUUGAGAAAUCUCUCAGUGAACAGGCUAAAUUACUGUUCUUGCACCUGAGAGAUGACAAGACACACAUUAAAUCAAUCAGAAUCAUCCACCCACUUGUUGCAGAAGAAAUUCUCAAACAGCUUUUGGGGAACAAACAGACCCAAAGCAGUUUGGCAAAGAGUGUCUCUCCCCUGAUUGAGCAUGUGUGUGAAAAGGAGAAAAUCCCAGACAAAGCAAUUGAGUUAUUAGAGGAAGCAUACCAGUGUUUCCUUAAAGAUCCAUUCUUUGCACAACAACUGGAUCGUCUUCAGGCAAAAGACCGGGCAGAGACAGCAGCUAAACAGCUGUCCAACAACCCAUACAUGCUCAAUACAAAAGGGCAGGUUUACAAAAAAUGGUGCCAAGCUAAAUGCCAAGCUAUUGAGGAAGUGAAACAUAAGACCUCAGCUACUCCCAGACAGACAUCGGUGCAGAUGAAGAAAAUACCCUGA